AUGCCCUCCUUCGACCAACUCGCCGAUGCUCCUAAAAAGGGCAAGGUUAUCAAAUCAGCCUACGAGAGCGAGAGCUUUGAGUCUGACGGCACAAUCCACGUUGAUGGCCUGGUCGGCUCAGCCACUAUCUCUCCUGCUGGGCGAGAUGUCGCUUUGGCUUCACCCGAUGGUCUGGCAAUCAUAGAUCUUGAUUCGCCAUACAGCCCCCCUCGACGAUUAAGAACGCAUGGCCUUCCAUGGCUCGUCGUUGAUGUCCAAUGGUCUCCCUUUGCAGCUCGGGAUUACUGGAUUGUCUCAGCAGCUAAUCAUCGUGCUCUUGUAUGGAAUCUGAAUCGGAGGGAGGACUCGAGCUCUGGUGCCAUUGAGCAUUCUCUCCAGGGUCAUAGUCGUGCUAUUACUGAUGUCAAUUGGUCCGCUCAUCAUCCUGACCUCUUAUCGACUUGCUCAGUAGAUGGGUACAUCCACGCGUGGGAUCUCCGAAGACCGCGCCAGCCGGUUCUGACCUUCUGUGAUUGGAACGCUGGUGCAUCCCAAGUUAAAUACAACCGCCGGGCAUCUCACGUUCUUGCCUCGGCCCAUGACCGGUGGCUGCAUAUUUGGGACGAACGCCGGUCGUCGGAACCUCUUAAAUCCAUCAAGGCUCACAAGUCUAAGAUAUAUGGCCUGGACUGGAAUCGAUCAGACCCCAAAGCCAUUGUUUCAUGUUCUAUCGACAAGCGAAUCAACUUCUGGGAUUAUACUGCAGAUGAGCCCCUACAGCAUACCAUCGAAACUGGCUUUCCAGUAUGGAGAGCUCGCCACACCCCUUUCGGACAUGGCCUUCUCGCAAUACCUCAAAAUGAACCAGGCGAUCUCUAUCUUUACGACACUCGCUUUGGUCUAGAAUCCAAAAUCACAACUGAACCAAUCGAUGUUUGGCCCGGGCACGGAGAUCACAAGGCAAAGGAAUUCCUCUGGAGAUGUCGGGGAGGCAUAACUGACGAUGCCAAAGAUAACCGCGAAUUUCAACUCGUCUCUUGGGGCACAGACAAUGAACUCAAACUUCAGUGUAUUGACCCUAAGACUUUUUCUGCUAUUGGCCAUCAACGCGGAAUGACCGCCGAUCCGGCCAUCAGUCUUACACGGAAGGGCGCCACUUACAAAACCUUCCGAACAGUGGACGAGGGCACGGAUCGCGAUCGCAAAUCUGCUACUAUGAGUGACCAUCGUCCCGGUACCAACUAUCACAAGCAAAGUGCCCUUACACUAGGAAUGCGCUCAGGCACAACUCAAAGUCAUCGCACAUCUGUGGCUUGGCGAGGUCCGUCGAUGAAGGCUAAAGUUUCUGGAAAGUCUGGAGAUCGCAAUCAGUCACAAAUCGGAUGGAUGAAGGGAAUUGCCAUGACCAAGAGGAAGGCAUCAACAAGCGCUAAACGACACUUAUCGAAAGACUCGGGCAUCUUUGGCCACGGUUAUCCUGAUGACAAAUGGGCUGAACCCGAGACUAUUCAAGAGGAACUUCUGCGCAUCAGCCACCAGCUUCCCAAAGUAAAAUGGGAGAAUAUCAACAUGGACAAUUUGACCCUCAAUGCCUCAUUAAAUGGACCUUGGGGCAUUGAUGGAGAAACAAUAUUCAUCAAAGUCCGUAUCGACAUCCCAACCGACUAUCCCAAGUCGAAAGCACCGAAAUUCUAUGUCGAAAAAUCAUCUUUCAUGCUCGCAGAGACCCAUAAGAAGAUCGAUCGUGAAAUACAUGAACUAGUCGAUCAAUUCUUACAGAUGAAACAGAACUGUCUUGAGGUUGCUUUCACGUACCUUCUUGGAGAAGUCGAUUUGGAAACUAGCACAACAUUCUUCAAGAAUGUCCGAGAUCUUGAUGAUGCGCUUGAUGGUCUGGCGGACGAAAGUUCAAGCGAGUCUGAUGAAGACAUACCUGCAGGCGGUUCAGCAUCUAUGUCGCAAGAAUUGCCUCCACACAACGAGCUUGAUACCGCGCUUGCACCUCCGAAUAGGACCAUCGUGCCACCGCCACCUAGAACUUGCGGUGCUAGGUUCUCGCAUAACGGACGCUUGGUCUGCUUCUUCCCCUCAAAGGAGGAAAAAGCAAGAGCUCUAUUCACAACCACCAUGGAUGCUUAUAGGGAACGGCCCAAGGGAGAACCCUUCUUUGCCGGUUUUGGUAGAAUCGCACACGACCUUGGUCCCCGGCAACGAUUCAUGGGUGAGGAUAGUUCCGUGUCAAGCGGAGAUUCUGAUACAUCUGCGUCUGGGUCUUCUUCAUCCUCAUCAUCCUCUAGUGAUUCGGAAUCGACAUCUAUGAACAAGAUUAGUCUUUGGUAUCACCCAAGCCGCCAGUUUAGGAAGACAUGGAGCGAAGAUAGAUCGAUACGCUCUAGUGGUGGUGGCACGGGAGUAGGUACCGGUACUGGUACCGGCACAAGUCGUCGCCGGCCUGGUCGACCCAAGAACCUUGUAUCGAUACAUGAUUUCCGCGCGCUUCUGCCCUCAAAAGAAGAGUUUGCGCGUGAGUAUGCGAUAUUUGGUGAUGGGGCCGAUGUCUGUGAGCACAAUGCGAGGGUUGCUGAGAAGUACAAUGCGAGGGAUCUAGUUGAUGUCUGGCGAUACCUUGCGCUAUUACUCAAGAAGGGCGUCCCACUCGAGAUACUCGCCCAUAACCAGCGGCGAGAAUCCAUCUUGGUUAUCGCUCAUGAUGUGGUCUCCAAGUGCAACACUAAUACCUAUCCUGUUGACUCGUUCUUGAAUAGGCACGAGGGCGCAUUAUCCGGCAGAGUGAAAUGGGGUAAGCACCCGUUGGCCAGAGAUUUCAUUAUGGAUCUAUUUGCAUACUUUGAAAGAAUUGCGGAUAUUCAAAUGUUGGCAAUGCUUUCUUGUAUAUUCAGCGAAUCUUCUGCAGCGGAUAGUGUGGCGUAUCUUGAAUCCCAUCUACCUCAGCCUGAGACUCCUCUCCCUUUCAAAGCACCAGCUUUCUCUUUGGACUACUUCCCCACAGAUGCCUCCCUAUGGAAUAUUGGCGGUCGCAGUUACACAAACUCGGCUAUCACUACGCCCAUGACGGUACAUACCCCCGUUCACUACGCAGGAUCGCAAGCAUCUGAUGAUGGCAUGUGGGGUGGAGACGCUGCGUCAAACUCGUACUCUUGCGGAGAAACGCCACCAAACAGAUUCAAGGGAUACCUUGGAGAUAUCGAGGCACCGCCCAGCGUGUCGACGUCCCCGAACACACGUUUCUUGAAUCGAGCAAACUCUGGUUUGGCAUCAGCUUUUGCUGCCAAUUUGCCACGUUCAUUUGCAGGAGUGACUGCGUCGUCCCCUCCAAAUCAAGGGAGAAAGAAACCAAGCCCUGCCGAAACGAUCCUCAGCAGUCUGGCCCCGGGCAAUGUUACAUGGAGUGCUUCUACCGCGAUGGACUCUAAUGGCGGUAGAACUUCUCUUGACGAUGACGAGUAUCGAAGAGAUGAGUUCUUGCCCCUCGUUCCCACAAGGAUCUCGGUUACAAUGGAGGACCAAACCGCAUUCGAUGAUGAUGGCUGGCUGAAUAUCCCAUUACUAGAGUUCAGUCAAGCAGAUGUUCAUGCGCGAUACCGAUACGCGUAUGCUGAGAUGUUGCAAAUGUGGAAUCAGCCGCUUGCCAGACUUGAAAUUAUGAAGUUCAACUCCCUUAAAGAAGACAUGACUAGUGGCCAUUCUAACGACGAUUUCCAUGACUCGGCCACUACUCACGAUGGGGCGAAUGGGAAGGGACACGGCAAUCAUCCCAACUCAUCUCCAAUUGCCAUGGGUAAAAAGGACCAACUCCAAGCCUUGCUUGCUUCUGGCCGUGGCCUUGACGUUACUGGCAUGUGUCGUAUACAUGAGAUUCAGCUGGAUCCGCUUCGUUAUACAACCAGUCACUCCAAGGUUGGCGGUGCUGUGGGCACAUGCGAUCGUUGCCAUCAAACUCAAAGUCAGCUCACAUGUGUGUACUGCCUUGAGCCUGUGGAUGCCCUUUUCCCACCGUGUUUAGCCUGUGGCUGUGCGAGCCAUGAGGCAUGCCUAGCAGAAUGGCAUGCUGCGGGUGAGACGGAAUGUCCUGCGGGCGACGAGUGCAAUUGCGUAGAGGAGGCUGCAGAUGGCCAGGUCGAAUCGUGGGCAGCCCUGCAGGGGGCCAUGCUUAAGGGACAAAGACACAUGAUGCUACCUGGCCCUGCUUUGGAGGGUAGUGACGAAGAGACCAAGCUUUCUCGCAAUUGGGAAAGAGUCGAGCAUACUAUACCCUCAAGGAUGCAGGGGCUUUCUGCUGCCAGUAUCAGCCUUGGCAACAGGUUGAGAAAGUCAGCGGGCGAGUGGUCACGAGCUUCAAGUUUGAGAAGAAACGAUCGGGGGAAUUUAAUAUAA